AUGCCGACCGAAGUACACGACAGUUGCCAAGACUGGUGGCGUUUGUCAGAGAUCAACUUACGGAGGAUUGGUGACUUGACCGAGGAGGAACAAGCGCAGCUUGAUGUCCGCGUUGGAACGAGUAAGAUACCCACUUCCGUUCGUUGGAGGUCCGUAUCGGUCGUCACGCAAGGAACCUGA